AUGUCCGGCAUUCCUGGUGUCACACAACCUCCUUAUCCGAUCCACGAGUCUGUUCGAGACCAGCUGGAUCCGGAGUAUGUCGCGUUCUACAACAAAUAUGUGAUAAAUAAUCAACAAGUGCAUCUCCAACCCGUCGCAGCAUCUCGCACAAGUGGUGUCUUGAUCCCAGGCGCGGGACCGAUGCUAGAGGUUGGCAAGACUGAAGACCUCACGAUUCAGCGACGAGAGACCCAAGGACCCCCGAUUGCAUUUCGAUGUUUUACACCGAAAGGUGAUGUACCAGCUGGUGGAUGGCCAGUGGUGCUAUAUUUCCACGGCGGCGGAUGGGUUUUGGGAAACAUUGACACGGAGAACGUGGUGUGCUCGAACCUCUGUGUACGAGGCAAUUGCGUGGUAGUGACGGUGGACUACCGUCUUGCCCCCGAAGACCCAUGGCCAGCUGCGGUACACGAUUCCUGGGAGGCCUUGUUGUGGUUAGCUGCAGAAGGUCCUGCCAAGUUAUCAAUCAACAUGUCCAGAAUCGCAACAGGUGGAUCUUCUGCUGGUGGUAAUCUCGCUGCAAUUAUGACCCACAAGGCCUUGACCCUCUCACCCCCGGUACGAUUCCUAACCCAGCUUCUCUCGGUCCCCGUCACAGAUAACACGGCCACUGUUGAGAACAAUGAGUCUUAUCGUCGCUACGAACAUACUGCUGCCUUGCCUGCUCUGAAAAUGAUUUGGUAUCGUGAACACUAUCUGCCUAAGCAAGCUGAUUGGGCCAAUCCCGAGGCCAGUCCCUUGUUUUAUGGGGGUGACUGGUCUCAGCUCCCGCCUGCGCUGGUGAUGGUUGGUGAAUUGGAUGUGCUGCGAUCUGAGGGCGAGCAAUAUGCUGAGAAGCUGCAGAAGGCUGGUGUGGCGGUCGAUCUUCAGGUGAUGAAGGGUAUGCCACAUCCAUUCCUUGCAAUGGAUGGAGCGCUAUCGGAGGGAAAGAGAUGCAUUACAUUGAUGUGUGAUGCCUUGCAGCAGGCUUUCUGGAAUUAA